AAAGCUUACCAAGCAGACCCAUUUCUGAGAGAGAUAGAGGAGGAGACGUGGAGAAUUGUGUUUCAUUUAUAAUGUCUUUUCUCAGAGAGAUAACACACUAUACCCUGCUCCAUACCAGAAGAACCAGUUUCACUUCAAACCAUGUAGGCAGCGAUAAUAGAUGUUAUUUUCAUCUCCGAUCAAAAUCCGUCCUCUCUCUGUAUAAAACCAAUCAACCCCCUCCUCUUCCUUCUUGUUCAUCAAUGGAGGGUCACAAUCAAAAUCUCAACCAGCUUCUUUUCACGUCCUCAGAACCAGCGGAGAAGUAUUCCAGAGAGCUUGAAGUUGCAGUUGGAGCUGUGCAAAUGGCAUGUUUGCUCUGUCAGACAGUACAAGAGAGUCUAAUUUCAAAGCACAACGACCAUGUCCAGUUUAAGGAUGACAAAUCCCCUGUCACAAUUGCAGAUUGGAGUGUACAAGCUAUUGUAAGUUGGAUACUAUCGAAAUCAUUUGGAGAUAACGAUAUCUCCAUCGUUGCCGAAGAAGAUGCUCAAGCUCUCUCCAAAUCUGAUUCAAGAGGCUUACUAGAGGAAGUGGUGAAAAGGGUAAACCAAUGUCUAUCUGAAGCACCACGUUUUAAACUCAAGGGACCUGAGUUUUCUCUCAGAACUUCUGACGUACUUGAGGCCAUCGGUCGAUGUAACUCAACAGGGGGACCCAUUGGGCGAUACUGGGUGUUGGAUCCAGUUGAUGGAACUUUGGGCUUUGUUAGGGGAGAUCAAUAUGCUGUUGCUUUGGCAUUAAUAGAAGAUGGAGAAGUAGUUCUUGGAGUUCUUGGAUGUCCAAACUACCCAAUGAGGAAAGAAUGGUUAAGUUACUCAAAUGGCUAUAGAAAAAUCAUUUCUAUGGUGAGUGAGAGUAUAUCUGAAUCCUGGAACGAUAAGGGCUGUGUGAUUUAUGCGAAAAAGGGAAGUGGGAAGGCCUUUAUGCAGCCUUUACUUCGGGGAGACAAGAAACUCGAGUGGCCCGAUUCUUCUUCUAGACAAAUUCAAGUAUCCACCAUUGAUAACCCGACACUCGCCACUUUCUGUGAGCCAGUGGAGAAGGCAAAUUCAAGCCAUUCCUUCACAGCUGGACUUGCUUAUAGCAUUGGUCUUAGGAAUCAGCCUUUACGAGUAUACAGCAUGGUGAAGUACGCAGCAAUAGCUCGAGGAGAUGCAGAAGUUUUCAUGAAGUUUGCUCGAGCUGGUUACAAGGAGAAGAUAUGGGAUCAUGCAGCUGGUGUCAUCAUUAUUCAUGAGGCGGGUGGCAUGGUAACUGAUGCUGGAGGUCAGCCAUUGGACUUCUCGAGAGGUGUAUUUCUCGAAGGUCUUGAUCGGGGUAUUGUUGCCUGUUCUGGAGGAAUAUUACAUGAAAAGAUCAUUAGAGCUAUCGAUGCCAGUUGGAACUCGUCCAGUCUAUAACCUACUUUACAUUAACAAGUUGAUAAUGUAGCGAUUCGUGAAACAAGAAGACGGGAGAUGGAAAUGGAAGCUAUUUGUUGACAAUUACCAGAUACGAUUGCUACUAUGACCAUUGGAGAACAUGUUGAUGGGAGAUUUCUUGAGAUCGAGAGAUUUUUGGAAAGUCAUUGAAUUGGGUAUUCCCGAAACUAAUUCAUAUACUUGUGAUGUAGAAAUGAGAAAUAGAGAGCAUGGAAUUGAAGGGUCUAAA